AUGGACAAUGAUGGAAAGAAAGUUCAAAGAUUGGGGGACGCCAACAUUGACGACGCUGGUGAGUUUGCAGCAGACUUGCAUGGGAACCAGCUUGGUGGGUUUGGGGGUCUACAAAUCCCAAUGGCUGAUAUGAUGUCAUUUGACACCAUUUACGAAGAGUCUUUUACGAGCCAGGAGAUUGCUGGUGUCGACGAGGACAUGCAUUGGCCGGAGACGCAUUGCCCCAGCUUCUCUCCAACUGUCAGCAAUGAAGUUUACGGGAUGCAGAUGGCCUCGUUAACCAACACGUCAUAUGUCCUCGCAGACAUGAAUACAGGCAACUUCAACUUUGGGCCUCUCGACGACGGCACUUUUGAGAACGACGCUACCUUCUUGUUUAAAGAUGACUGUGCAAGCCCCGACACUUACUUAUACUCCAUGUCCGAGGCGAAAACAAGAUCACCAUUGUCAGCGCCCGGGCCCCAAUCUCUAGGGAUUGAGCGCGAUAUGCGUCAUGAUAAAAGCGGUAACUCGCGAAUAAUGACGGCACAGUCGCUUGAAGGAGGGAGGAAUUCAUUCUUGGAGGCACCACCGACUCCAAUUCGUGCUUCAGACUUCGCGACCGGAGCACCUGCCUCGCAAGCCAGCCCAAAGCCACGGUCCAGAAAUAAGACGAAGACUCUACCAUCACUCGCAACUCAAGGACCACGCUACCACUGCCCCACCGCGAACUGUACUCGCUCCUACAAGCGUCCAUUCGAACUCAUCCGCCAUCAACAUGUUCAUACCAAUAUUCGAAGUUACGAGUGCCGCUUUGUCGGAUGCCAGAGAAAUGGAGAAGGCAAGGGAUUCGCGAGGAAGGAUCAUCUGAAGCAGCACUUAAAAUUAGUGCAUGGUGUUAGUGCUUGA